AUGGAUGAAAACAACUCCCAAUCCCAAAUUGUCGUCCUCAACGUUGGUGGACUAAAGUAUGAAACUUUGCAAUCAACUUUAACUGCCUAUCCAGAUACUUUACUUGGAACGAUGUUUGCAGAAAGAAAUCAACAUCUUUUGAAACCAAAAAAUGGAAACGAAUAUUUUUUUGAUCGUAAUGGACGAGCAUUUCAUUACAUUAUGGAAUACUAUAGAUCUGGAAAACUUUAUUUUCCUACUAAAUUUGACGAUAAACAUUCUGAAUUUUGGGCGACAAGAGAGGAAGUCGAAUCUGAACUUGAUUAUUUUCAAAUCAAUAUUGAAGAUCAUCACAUAAAAGAGGUACAUCUUCAGCUUAGCAGAUAUCUUGAUGAAUUUCUCGUCUUUUUGGAGGAACAAAUUUUGAAUGAAAUGCGAUCGAUGGAGGAAGGCUUAGAAAUUCAUUUGAAAAUCAAUUACCAAACUUUCAUCACUAUCUUCUUCUACUAA